CAACGCGCAGCGGGCUGCAUGGAGCAGAUGUGCCCACACUGCCUGUCCCACGGCUCCCUGAGCCCUCCGGCUGCCAGCCCUCAGCACCAGGCUCGGAACAGCCCCGCAGAGCUGAGCCAGCAAAGCUGCUGCCAUAACCUGGAAGGAAACAGCCGUCAUCAAAAUAAACUUCCUGGGUUGGUCGGCCGGGAAGCGGCGCUGGCAGCGAUGGCUCUGAGCAGCAGCGUGAGCCGUUCUAGCUGAUGCCCACACCUCACUGUAAUGAUGCCGUCAAGAACGAAUCUCUCUGCUGGGAUUCCCAGUAGCAAAGUCAAAUAUUCCAAGCUCGCCAGCACUGAUGAUGGAUAUAUUGACCUGCAGUUCAAGAAGAGCCCACCAAAAAUCCCCUACAAGGCAAUUGCACUGGCUGUUGUGCUCUUCAUGAUUGGAACUUUUCUCAUUAUCAUCGGAGCCCUCCUCUUGGCAGGAUACAUUAGCAAAGGCGGAACAGACCGUGCCAUCCCCGUGCUCAUCAUUGGGAUCCUCGUAUUCCUCCCAGGCUUCUACCACCUGCGCAUUGCAUAUUAUGCUUCCAAAGGCUACCGGGGCUAUUCCUACGACGAUAUCCCAGAUUUCGAUGACUGAAUCAUGUUCUGGACAGCGUUACCAUUAGGUUAGUGUUAAGAGCUGCUAGUGAUCUUAAAUAUUGGAGGGAGCCUUUAAGAUUGUAAAUGGAGCGUGUCAGUCACAAGAUGCAUCGUCCUGGUUUUGAAAAUGCUGUGGGGAGGCUUUGAAAGCUUUCAGCUGGUGGGGAUGGGGGAUUAAAUGCGGAAGUGACCAGAAGGAUUGCAAAAUUAGGUGGGAAGAACAUGUGAUUUAUUGUAUUUUUCCUCUCGGGUGCAUGAUGCCGGUUACUUGUAAGAAGUUCCUCAGCAAAGCAAUUCUAGCCAUUCUCCAAAAAUAGAUAAGCCAGACAGUUCCAUCAGUAAAGAUAUUUGUUUUUCUAUACUGUUUCAAAGA